AUGCAAGGCAGCGCCACUCGAAGCCAAAUUUCGGCAUUUCUUGUCGGUCUUCGUUUGCAAGGCAAAGACUCGGAUCCAGCUGUUGUCGCAGCAUGUGCUAAAGCCAUGCAGAGCCAUGCACGCUUGAUUCCGUACGACCAUCAUAAACACCUGGAAGGCAACGUUAUUGAUAUUGUCGGCACUGGUGGCGACGGUCACGAUACGUAUAAUGUUUCUACGACAGCUUCAAUUGUAGCAGCCGGUGCAGGUGCCAAGGUCGCCAAGCACGGUAACCGAGCAGCAACAUCCAAGUCAGGCUCUGCAGAUAUCAUGGAAGCACAUGGCUGCCAUAUCAGCAAAGUCGAGCCUUCACAAGUACCCGGGAUUUUGGACGAUACCAACUUUUGCUUCUUGUUUUCACAAAUCUAUCAUCCCGCCAUGAAGCAUGUCGCUUCGCUGCGCAAGGAAAUUGGUUUGCCCACUGUGUUCAACUUACUGGGACCCAUGAGCAAUCCCGCUCGCCCAUCUCGGGUGGUCGUCGGUGUCCACUCGCCACAAAUCGGUAGCUUGAUGGCCAACGCAUUGAAGUUGACGGGCAUUAGAGAAAUUCUGGUUGUCUGUGGUGCCGAGAAGCUUGACGAGAUCAGUCCCGCUAAUGAAUCCAAUUUCUGGCGCGUGCGAGACGGAGGCGAAGUCACUGUCGGCGUGCUACAUCCCACACACGAUUUUGGCUUAAAGACUCAUCCACUUGAGGAAGUCAAGGGCGGCGACGGUCAUUGCAAUGCACAAAUCUUGAAGCGGCUUCUGAACAACGAGCUGCCUGAAGACGAUCCGAUAUUGGACUUUGUUCUCUUGAACGCAUCGGCUUUGUUGGUUGUCGCCGGUAUCGCAACCGAUUUUAAGGACGGUGUCGCUAAAGCACGAGAAUCCAUCAAAAGUGGAAGCGCAAAGAAGGUCCUGGAGGCCUUUAGAGACAAGACCCAGCAAGAACAGGAAUAA